AUGGCAGAAGAUUCCAGGGAAGACAAAAUCGUCUCGGAGAAGGAGGAAAUCGAAACAAUCGUUGCUUCCGAAAACCCCGUUGAGGCUGGUGAUGUCGAAGAGGCAGGAACAACAGAGCCAGAACAAGACAAGACAGAAGAAGCCCCUGGGGAAAUAAUACAGACCGAGUCCAAGGUCGAAUCCAGUGCUGAGAAGAAUGGAGGUGAUGAAUUGGUAUUUACAAAUCGCAAGCGGGCUAGGGAGGAAAGCGAUGAAGAGGAGGAGGCUGACUCGGAUUCAUCGCCCGAGGAAACUACCAAAAAGCAAAAGAUAGAGGCUGAAUCCGCUGAAACAGAGAAAGAGGCGGUAAUUGAAGAGAAAGAGUCCACGAAUAAGGUUAUUGAAAAGUUUGCUAAAGAAGAGACUGUUGAGGCAACAGCCAUUGACGAGAAGUCAACAAAGCCUGAAAAACCAGCAGAACCAGAAAAGCCUAAGUUCGUGUUUGGGUCCAGAUCAACAUUCGGUGCCAGGCCCCAGUUCACAUUGUUCCAGAAUAAACCAGAGGAGAAAGACAAAGCGGAUGUUCCUGCUGAGACGAAAGUAGCACCCUCUACAUUCAGUGGUACAGCUUCCGUGUUUGGGUCUAAGUCCGUGUUCGGAAACGCGUUCCAAGCUGCUAUUAACAAAGAAUCUAUUUUCAAAGCCCCAGAGGCCACAGAAGAAGCAAAGACCGUGAGUACGGUACCCGCUCCAUCAAAUGGGGGAACAUUCCAGAAGAUCCAUCUCGAAAAACAAGCUGUUGUUUCCGGGGAAGAGAACGAAAAGUCGGUUUUUUCUGUGAGAGCCAAGCUCUACUUCUUGGACUUAACGAACGUUGAAAUCGGGUGGAAAGAAAAGGGUGUUGGCCAGUUGAAAGUCAACCAGUUGGAAACUGCAACAGAGACUUACACCUCCAGAAUCUUGAUGAGACAGGAUGCCAUAUUCAAGCUGAUUCUGAACUGUCCUUUGUCAAAGGACAUCAAAGUGUUCAAAGGCCUCGACUCUUCGCUCUCUCGGGAGAAGUUUGUGAGGAUUCAGGCCUUCGAGAAUGGCAAACCUGUGCAGUAUGCUGCUAAGGUAAAGUCCAGCGAGGAUUCGCAAGCUUUGUACGAUACGAUCAUAGAUCUAAUCCCCAAGUGA